UCGGUGGUGGAUUCAUUUUUACAGGCAAGGUGCAUAAAGAAGAGAGAAAAAAAUCACAUGCUGCCUUGAUUUACAUGCUGGCAACAUUGUAAAGAAGGUAGAUGCGUAUGAAUAGUCUGAAGGAUUCAGAUACAUUUGGAACUGUGGAGAUGUGUUUUCAUACAGCCGGGCUUUUCUUUUCUCCCCUCCCCUCCCCUGAAGAGGAAAAGACAGCAAGAGAGGAAGAGAGAGCAGACUAACAGCUGUACUACUGAAAUACUCACAUGUCUCACCACGACCUGGGUUAUAGGAGAAAAAUAAAAGCAAGGUGCUGCGAGUGCAACUCUGCUCUCUCUUACUGGUACUAUGAGAGGGAUGGACAGUACUUCUGUAGGCAGGACUACUGGGCUCGCUUUGGGGAGCCGUGUCGCGGCUGCUCCGACGUCAUCACUAAUGGCGUAAUUAUGGUGGCUGGCACACAGAAGUACCAUUCAGAAUGUUUCAUCUGUGAAAACUGUGGCAUGUUUAUAGGAGAUGGGGAUUCAUAUACCUUAGUGGAGCACUCCAAAUUAUACUGUGGGCAGUGUUACUACAAGAUUGCAUCAGUGAGGCAUCCAGGGGAAGAAUGUUCCGCACUCCCUCAUACAGUAGCAUUGGUCUCAUUCCCUCCUUCACUAGAAAGCAGGAGAGGUCUCUCUCUGAGGGUGGACCAGUGCCCUAUAAAUGCAAACAGCCCCAUUGUCAGAGUAUCUCAAUUAGAUUCAAACAACAUGAGUCCUGAGAUUAGUGGAAUGAUUCAUGUUGGAGACACUGUGCUUGAGAUCAAUGGAAUCUCCGUUAAGAACAUCCCGCUCGACGAGAUUGACCUGGUGAUUCACGACAUUGAGACAAGCCUAAAACUCACUGUUGAGCACCACCCUAAUGGCUGCCCUAAGGAGGAUCCAUUUGACCUGCUGGAGGAAGAGUCAGAUCAAACGGGGAAAUUAGAUUACUUCUCCAAUCAGAGCCUCAGCCUCCUCCACCGCCCCAGGAACAUUCUGCGUAGCUGCAGCAUUGAGAAAACUCAAUGUUUACAACGCCACUUUCCACUGCUUUCUCAAAGAAGAGACAUUAAUCGUUCAGAGUCUUUGCGUGUCGAUCCUGCUGACAAAACCCAGCGUAUCUUCCGCCCCUCUGACCUUAUUUAUGGGGAGGUGCUAGGCAGGGGCUGCUUUGGACAAGCCAUCAAGGUUACACACCGGGAAACAGGUGAGGUCAUGGUGAUGAAAGAACUUCUUCGUUUUGAUGAAGAGACUCAGAAGACAUUUCUCAAGGAGGUAAAAGUGAUGCGCUGUCUGGAUCAUCCAAAUGUCCUGAAGUUUAUUGGCAUCCUCUACAAAGAUAAGCGAGUAAAUUUCAUCUCAGAGUAUGUGCCAGGAGGGACCCUAAGGGAAACUAUACAGAAAAUGGGAAGCGAUUAUCCCUGGAGUCUUAGAAUAAGCUAUGCAAAGGAUAUCUCUGCAGGAAUGGCCUACCUGCACUCCAUGAAUGUUAUCCAUCGUGAUCUCAACUCACAUAACUGUUUUGUCAGAGAGAAUCAGAGCGUAGUGGUGGCUGAUUUUGGGUUGUCCCAGCUUGUAAUGGAAGAUAAAUCCCAGAGACAGAAUUCUAGUCCUGAACAAAUGUUCAAGCUAAAGAAACCUCAGAGAAAGAAAAGGUACACAGUGGUGGGGAAUCCAUAUUGGAUGGCACCAGAGAUGAUCCGAGGAAUAAGCUAUGAUGAACGAGUUGACAUUUUCUCUUUUGGAAUCAUUCUCUGUGAGAUUAUUGGCCGAGUAUAUGCAGAUCCAGACUAUCUACCUCGCACUAUGGAAUUUGGCCUAGGUGUGAAUGAAUUCCUGGGGCGCUGCUAUCCCUCAGAAUGCCCCCUUGCUUUCUUUCCUAUUGCAGCUCUUUGCUGUGACAUGGAAACUGAAAAACGUCCCAUAUUUGCAACGUUAGAACAAUGGUUGGAGAAUUUGCUUAUGCAUUUGGACAUUGGACUUCCUCUAAUGUCAGAACUGCAUAAGCUGCAGCAAACCUUCUGGGAAAACCAUGACCAGCUUCAUCAGGCUAACAGUUUGCCAUCCGAACAAAACGAGAAACCACUGACAAGUCAAGUGUGAAUUAUGCUGUGAAUGUCUGACGUCAAUGUGAAGAACUUGUGAACCCUUACAAGGAAACUUUCAAAAGGAAAAAGUAAUUUCAGUACAAUCUGGAACCCACAUAUUGGCCAUAUACUACAGCACUACAGUAAUGGCAUUUAAUGAAGCAGCCAAUAGCUGUAGUGGUGUGGGCAGUGCUAAGUGAACAAAUCUAUCAAUUUGUCUAAAUACUAUUUAGGUUGGGACAAAUACUGAAAAUUAACAACAAAAACUGUUAAUAGCAGGCCUAAAUGUGUCCUAGAGAUGCAUAAUUGUACUCCUAUAUUUUGUCUAGCCUUUGUACUCAUUAAGUAUUAAAUACUGUGAAUCUUUGCAUACAACUUGACGUAUACAUUGAGUUACACUGUGGCAUUUUAAGCUUUUUUAAAGGUUGCUUAUGGUUAUAUAUAAUUUAUUUUAAACACAAAUAUUUUAACUACCAAUAUUUUCUUCUACUUUGUUACAAAUUAUUCACAUACCAUAGGACCCUUGCAGACCUACUCUGCCGAUUUUCAGAAUAUGACCAACUUCUUUUGUUGACUCCCUGAAAUAUAGAGGGACAAUAUCUAUAUUUGUCAAUCUUUAUUUACUAUCAUUUGCCUGAUCAGUAAGAAUGGUUAAUAUUACUAGAAUUUAAUCUUUUAGUUGAUAUAUCAAAUCUAUUCUUUCAACAAUCAUUUUACUUAGACUAAGUAGGACAAAUGCAGGAAUAAAUUAAUGCAGUAAAUAAAUAAUUAUGUAUGCAUUCAUUCAACAAUUAACAUUUUUAUAUUGUCAUGGCAUGGCCCCCUCCUGCUAGGCUCCUCCCAGUUUGUAUGUGUGUGUGUCUAGCACUAUGUGCCUACCUUGUUCAUUGGUCUUGUCGCAUCUGUCUAUAGUUAUGUUCAUUGUUAGCCCACAUAUUUAAACCCUUGUUUUAUUGUUGUCGGCAUUUGACCCCAUGGUAUACACACUUCGUUGUGUGAAACUUUACCAUGAGACUUAGUGUUGCUGUUUGUUUUGUUUGUCAGUAACAUAGUGCUGUUUUCCUGUUUGAGUUAGUUCGUCAUUGUGUUGACGAACCACGGCUUGUCUUUGCAUCCUGCUUCGCCUCCACCGUCACAUAUAGAUUUAUAAUGUAGGGCAUUAAAUGAAAGGAUCCUCGGGAUUCCAGAAUUCAGAUGUACUCUGACCUGGGUGCAGCUUGGUCAUAGAAUAAACAUUCAUCAUCACAGUACAGCAGAGGGAUGAAUUGGUAGAAUAAUAAUAAUUAAAAAAAACCUUGCCUUAAUAAACAGCAAGCUAUGCUUAAUGCUAUUUAAAAUAUUAUGAUUCCCCUACUGUGUCUACUCCCUUUUUCAGGUAGUAGACAAGUUUCAAUCCCAACACCUUAUGUCAUAAUCAAUCCCUUCCAUGUUCCAUGUUUUCCCUGUCAUGGGUAGUUCCGUUCCAUAGUUUCAUUUUGUCCUCACAUUGUUUGAUUGCUUAGACCUGUCCCUCGUUUUGAGUUGAUGUAUUUAAACCCUGUUGUGUGCCUUGGUCGUUGCUGUUCAUUGUUAGUUAGUUUGGAGG